AUGGUCAAAUUCUGCCCCCAACUUAGCAGCGCCACCCAACCUCUACAAACCUCCACAAACCUCACCAAAGAAGACAUGCCGUUCCUAUGGUCAAUAAGGCACCAGCAAGCCUUUGAUUCAGCAAUAGUCCUAGUUACCUCUACACCAUGGCUGGCAUACGAUGACGUAACUGCGCUAGUGAUCCUUCAACAUGAGGGGACGCAAAUCGUCUGUACUGUAAGUAUCCCGGAGAGUCCCCUACAUUUUCUUAGACGUUUAGUCUAAGAAAAUGUAUGGGGACUGUAAGGUGUCAUAAUCCUGUUGCUGCUGACAUCGAUGUGACAGAUAAUUGCUUUUGCACUGUUUUCUUUGCCGGCUUAUACUUGUCAUCAAGUUUCAAUAAGACGGCUAUCAUUUUUCACAAGAAUAAUGAAGUUUUCGUAAAUUGUGAGAUCGGAUGGGAUUAAAAUGGGAUUAAAUCACCUACAGAGCUUGAUAUGUACUUACAGUGCAGACGAUUUGCGUCCCCUCAUGUAGACGUCUCAGACCUCAAACCUCUACAAAACCUCACCAAAGAGGAAAUGCCGUUCCUAAGGUCAACAAGGCACCAGCAAGUCUUCGAUUCAGCAAAAGUCUUAGCCACCUCUGUUCCAUGCCUGGCAUACUAUGACGUAACUGCGCCUGUGAUCCUUUAGGUAGACGCCUCAGACUAUGACCUAGGAGCUGCCCUCUUACAGCCCAUCAAGCCACACAAUGGCAGUGCCCUUGACAAGUCUUCUUCUACAACCCAUUUCGUACAGUUCCAUGAGCCUAACCCUUACCGAGCAGCACUAUGCGAAAAAUGA